AUGUCCCAGAAGGUAGGGCUAGAAGUAUCCAGCGUAAAUAAUUCUACGGCAAAAUACACACUCUCCGGAGUGCAAACUAUAGAAUCUUUGCAACUUCGCUCUCAGACUCUACUAGCCGCAAAUUUACAGGCGAAAUAUGAACACCUCUCCAACCUACCCAUUGAAUCAUACUACAAUGUUAGCCCGCGAAUACUUAUUGGCCUGGAUCACGCAAACCUUGCUCACGCUUUGAAGAGUCGCGAGGGAAAGUUGCAUGAACCAAUUGCCGUAAAAACAAGGCUGGGUUGGGUCGUCUACGGCAGUUGUUCUGAAGAUAGACAGCCAGACUACUUCGUAAACUACCAUAGUUUGAACAAAUGCCAAUGCCGUGAAGGCCUUGACGAGGAUCUUCACCGCACCAUGAAAGAGUAUUUUUCACUCGAUAGCCUAGGAAUUAUACGUACGGAAAAACCACUUUUAUCAAACGAUGAGCAACGAGCCUCGAACAUGCUAGAUACGCUCACUCGACAGAAGGACGGUCGUUUCGAAUCUGGACUCCUCUGGAAGUACGACAACAUUAGGCUUCCGGAUAGCAAGGAAAUGGCACUAAGGCGAUGGGAGUGUCUUGAUCGGAGAAUGCAGAGGGACCCCAUUCUAACCAACACACUGAACUCAAAAAUCACAGAUUACGUGGAAAAGGGAUAUAUCCGGAAGCUGAGCCAAGACGAACUAAAGGCUCCACAUUCUCGUACGUGGUAUCUGCCGGUGUUUCCCGUCGUUAAUCCAAACAAACCUGGAAAAACUAGGCUCGUCUGGGAUGCAGCAGCUACCGCUCAUGGCAUCUCACUUAAUUCAGUUCUUCUAAAAGGUCCCGACCAACUUGUAUCUCUACUAUCAGUCUUGGUUCAGUUUCGGGAAUUUCGAACAGCUAUCACUGGAGACAUUCGCGAGAUGUAUCACCAAGUUUUAAUGAAGGAAGAUGACCAGCACUGUCAGAGAUUCUUUUGGAGGGAGAACAAGACUGAUACGAACCCAAGUAUCUAUGUCAUGCAGGUGAUGACAUUUGGGGCAUGCUGCUCACCAAGUACCGCUCAAUACGUGAAAAACCGAAACGCAUUAAGGUUUCAGCAGUAUCAUCCUGCAGCCGUUCAGGCUAUAACUAAGCGUCAUUAUGUCGAUGAUAUGCUCGUAAGUGUAGAGUCAGAAGAAGAUGCCAUAAGUUUAGCUCGUGACGUGAAAAUGAUCCACAACGCAGCUGGUUUCGAAAUGCGAAAUUGGAUUUCAAAUUCACAGUCUCUACUCUCUGCAUUAAACGAAGCUACUACAAAUGAAAAAGACCUUAGUGUUGGCGAAGAUACCACUACAGAAAAGGUGCUCGGUAUGUGGUGGAAUACAUCCUCGGAUAGUUUCACCCACAAAAUUUCCCCUCGCUUUGAUAGAGAUCUACUGACCGGUCGCCGUCGGCCAACGAAACGAGAAGUUCUUCGCACCCUUAUGCUGAUGUUCGAUCCUUUGGGAUUGAUAGCUCAUAUGCUGAUGUUUCUAAAAAUGCUACUACAGGAUAUUUGGCGAUCAUCAAUCAGCUGGGAUGACGCAAUCCAGGAUGAGCACUUCGAAAAGUGGUCGACGUGGUUGUCCGUAUUACCGCUGAUAGAACAGAUAGACAUUCCUCGAUGCUACCGAACGUUGACACCCACAGGAGACGAUACUGACGUACAACUGCAUACAUUCGUUGACGCUAGUGAGAACGGCUUUGCAGCGGCAGUGUACCUCAGAUACGAACACAAAGGCGUAAUCGAAUGUUCACUAGUAGCAGCGAAAACAAGAGUGGCUCCAUUAAAGUUUUUGACCAUUCCUAGAUCAGAACUGCAAGCAGCUAUACUAGGGGUGAAAUUAGCACACACAGCGAUAAAGUCGUUAUCUAUCACGGUGAAAAGACGAUAUUUCUGGACUGACUCGAGGGACGUGCUCUGUUGGCUUCAUUCAGACCAUCGACGAUAUAGCCAAUUCGUCGCGGCCCGUAUUAGCGAAAUACUCGAAACAACUAACGUUCAUGAGUGGCACUGGGUACCAACGAAGUUGAAUGUUGCGGAUGAAGGCACAAAAUGGAAAAAGCAACCAGAUCUGCGUCCUUCUAGUCGCUGGUUUCGUGGUCCCGACUUUCUUUGGAUGUUCGAAGCAGAAUGGCCGGCUAUUCCACGAAAUGUUGGAUCUACACCUGAAGAGAUCCGCCCCCAUCUACUCGUCCACAGCGUGGAGACAGAACCAAUAAUUAUCAUCGAAAAUUUCUCUCAAUGGAUGCCAUUGCUACGACGAAUGGCCUACGUUUUCCGAACCGUGGACAACUUUAAAAAUAACGCCCAACGAAAGCCACGUACACAUGGACCUCUGCAGCAAGUCGAGCUGAUCAGAUCCGAAACAUUCCUGUACCGGUUAGCCCAAGGUAGCGCCUUUGCAGAAGAAAUUGUAAUUCUUUCACGAAACCGAUCCGAAGGUCGCCCAAUGCUCCAGAUUCCCGGAAAUAGUACGAUCAUCAGCUUCAAUCCGUAUCUAGACGAAAACGAUGUCAUGAGAGCAAGAGGUAGAACCAAACUGUGUAUGCACAUAAACGCGAGUGCGUCCCACCCAGUUAUUCUUCCAAGCCACCAUCAUAUAACGAGGCUGAUCAUUUCGGAAUCACAUCAAAAAUAUCAUCAUCAAAACCAUCGAACCGUAAUCAAUGAGAUAAAUCAGCGCUACUGCAUUCCUCGACUGAAAUCGACCUACCAAAACAUACGAACAAACUGUCAGCGAUGUAAAAUCGAGCGAGCAGCUCCUCAACCCCCGUUGAUGGGUACUCUACCUCCAGCUAGACUUGCCGCCUAUAGCCCCCCUUUUACACACAUGGGAGUGGACUACUUUGGGCCAAUGACGGUACAAAUCGGGCGAAGAAGUGAAAAGCGUUGGGGGGUCUUAGCGACUUGCCUAACCACUCGCGCCAUUCAUUUGCAAGUUGCUCAUACGUUGACUACAGGAUCUACAUUAUGGCCAUACGCAAUAUAA